GAGGGGGCCGGUGGAGAAGGUGGACAAGAUAGCGGGAGGCGUCAGCGGCGGGGGCGACUGGGUGCAUAUCGCGUCCGACGUGAUGGAUUCGGCGGGCUUCCGAGCGUCGUUCCCGCUCAUGUCAAUGGAGCACGCCCAGCACUUCGACUUCCACGCGGCUUUCCCCCCGUCGUCAUCCAGCGCCGCCAACGCGCCCGCGAUCCCGGCCUUCCACGACUUCGCGUCCCGCCACGUCGGCGAGCUCUUCGACGUCGAGGCGCCAGCGGCGGUGGCCGAGUGGGACGACGAGGACGAGGACGAGCUGGAUAAGCAGAGAGUGGACGCCUCCUUCUUGGGGCUCUCAGCCUCGCUGGAGAACCUCAUGGCCGAGCGGCGCCGCAGGAAGAAGCUCAACAACUGCCUCUACAUGCUGUGCUCCGCCGUGCCCAAGAUCAGCAAGAUGGAUAGAGCUUCAAUUCUUGGUGAUGCAGUUGACUACCUGGAAGAGCUCCUGCGGAGGAUCAACGAUCUCUACAAGGAGCUGGAGUCUGCUCGUAGCUCUGCUCUUGUAGCUGGACCAGCAGCAGCUAGCUUCCACCCCCAUGGCCAGCAGUCAACCGUAAAGGUGUGGAUGGUGGAAGGGCAGGCACUGAACAUCCACAUGUUCUGCGCGCGAAGGCCGGGUAUCCUGCUGUCCACCAUUAGGGUGCUUGAAAGCCUUGGCUUCGACAUCGAGCAGGCGGUCAUCAGCUGCUUCAGUGGGUUCGCGAUGGAUAUCUUUGGCGUCAAGCAAACUAGGGGUCCUGGGCUCUUGCCUGAAGAAAUUAAGGACGUGCUCUUAUACUGUGCUGGGUUAUAGGCAUUGGGUUCUACUGUCCUUUAAUUUCUAAUCAGGAAAGUUGCUAGAUGUAUGAAACUUCAUGAGAUGAGGCUCGCCAUCUACAUACAUGAGCGACAACGGUGGUGGCGUGACCGGAUCUCUUCGGUCUUAUCGUUGAAUUUACUUUCUGGUGCUGUGAACUUGUAUAAUAGUACCUUUUUCUGCGGUUGAACUAUCUCCAACUUUCGCUUGUGAAUGAAGUCGCUGCAUUUCAAUUUGUAUGCAAUCCCCAUUGCCUCA